GACAUUAGCUGUAAAUUACACGUGACAAAUUAAUAAACAAAACCUUCUGGUAAAUCAAAGAUUUAUAGCGGACUAUUCUAAAAAUGUCUACACUUUUAUUGUUAAAAACAAUUUAUAAUAGCAAGUAACUUAAGAUUAUAUGAAUAUAUAACAAAAAAAAGUUGUAGGAGUGUUGUGUUUCCUGAUGUACAUGUGGUCAAGAUAUAUCAAAUCUUCAAAAAUCUAUAAAAACCAUUAUUUAUUUAGUUUUAUUUAUGCUGUGCUGUAUAUAAUUGUGUUUAUAUAUGAUAUUUUGACAUUUCCUAUAUAUUUGCUAUUCCAAAAUCCUAUCAAGAGAGUACAGUUAGCCAAAAUCGAAAGGGCAACAAUUGUAGAAAAAGGUGACAAAUACAUCACAUACAAGACAACAAAGAAGCCUUAUCCUACCCACUAUGAAAUCGACAAUGAAAACAUUGAUACGAUGGCAAAACUGUUGGAGCAUGCUAGCCAAAAACAUACCGAUAAACGUUGCUUGGGAACUAGAGAGAUUUUGAGAGAAGAAGACGAAAAACAACCUAACGGCAGAAUUUUUAAAAAGUACGAUCUUGGUGACUACAAAUGGUUAUCAUUUACGGAAGUGAACAAUCUAGCUACUGAAUUUGGCAAAGGCUUACGAAAACUAGGGGCCGAACCUACGCACAACAUCGCCAUCCUAGCUGAGACCCAAACAAAAUGGAUGAUUGCAGCCCACGCCGCUUUCAAACAAAACUUCUCUCUAGUCACCAUAUACGCUACAUUAGGGGAUGAUGCUAUCGCUCAUGCGAUUAACGAAACCGAAGUCGAUAUAGUUAUUACGAGUUUCAGUUUAUUGCCGAAGUUUAAGCACGUUUUGCAGAUGACUCCGAACGUGAAGAAGCUCGUUUAUAUGGAAGAUCAGAUAAAGAAUCUGAGUCAGGAGGAGAGGGAUAGUUUUAAGAGUGGGGUACAAAUAAUAACUUUUGACGAAGUUACUCAGAUGGGAGCUUCUUCAAAUAUCACUGAAGUAAAACCCACUGCCGACGAUAUCGCUAUAAUUAUGUACACAAGCGGAUCGACGGGGAUACCGAAGGGUGUAAAACUGACCCACAAAAAUAUGAUCGCUUCUGUGAAAGCGUUCACCGAUUCUACCAGAAUGUACCCAACUGAAGUGAUAAUGGGGUAUCUACCCUUAGCUCACGUUUUUGAGCUUUUGGUCGAGAGUGGAUGUAUUUUAAUGGGACUGAGAAUAGGGUAUUCCAGUGCGCUUACUAUGAUAGAUACUUCGAGUAAGAUUAAACGAGGAACAAAGGGGGAUGCUUCGAUAUUGCAGCCUACGUUUAUGACCAGCGUACCGGUAAUAUUGGACAGAAUAUCGAAAGCAGUUAAAGACAAAGUAAACAAAAGUAAUGUAGUUAAAAAAGCAAUUUUUACGUUUGGAUACAACUAUAAGACAAAAUGGAGUAACAGAGGAUUUAGCACACCAUUGACUGACAGGAUUGUAUUUAAAGCCACAAAGAAUCUACUAGGAGGUAAAUUACGACUGAUUGCAGCUGGUGGAGCUCCGUUGACAGCUGACACACACGAACUAGUCAAAACUUGUUUGUGUGUAGAUCUCAUUCAAGGAUAUGGAUUGACUGAAACGACAGCAUGUGCAACUAAUCAAGACAAUUACGACAUGAGGUUUGGAAGAGUUGGCCCUCCUAUGACGACAGCGCUCGUAAGACUGACGAACUGGAACGAAGGGCGCUACUACAUCACAGACAAACCAAAUCCAAGGGGAGAAAUUAUUGUAGGAGGCGAUAUUGUUAGUAUAGGAUAUUAUAAAAACGAAGAAAAAACUCACGAAGAGUUUUUCGAUGAAAACGGUGUUAGGUGGUUCAAAACGGGAGAUAUUGGCGAAAUUGAGAAAGAUGGAUCUAUGAAAAUUAUAGAUCGCAAGAAAGACUUAGUAAAAUUACAAGCAGGCGAAUACGUUUCCCUAGGUAAAAUAGAAUCUCAACUAUCCACCUGUCCCCUUAUCGAUAAUAUAUGCGUGUACGCAAACCCCACAAAAACCUACUGUAUAGCUUUAAUCGUAGCCAAUCAAGAGAAAUUAAAAACUUUGGCUUCUGCCAAGUUCCAAGUAGACAAAACGUUCGAGGAAUUGUGCGAAGAUAAAAAUAUCACCAAAGAUGUGUGCUUGGAAAUCAAAGAUCACGGAAAGAAAGCCAAAUUGGAGAAGUUCGAAAUUCCAGAAAAGAUAAAACUGGUAAAAGAAACAUGGACGCCAGAUACUGGAUUAGUAACAGCGACGCUGAAGCUGAAGAGGAAAGCUAUCGAACAAUACUACAAACCUGUUAUAGAUGAAAUGUACGCCUGAGCAUCUGUAGUCUUCAGCUUUUAAGUUAUAAUAAAUUAUAAAUAUUUACUUGUACAGUUUUUUAUUAAUAAGUUUUUGUUUGAAUUUAAUAAACGAUAAUAGUUUUUUUUUCUAGUAUCCC